AUGAAACCGCUUAUCCCACCCUUACUUAGAUCCAGCCACCCAUAUGGCUGCUCACGUGACCAAGCUCUUAUCAGUGCCAUACUGGCCGAAUCUCCACACUCUACUCUAAAACUCUACGAAAACCAAGAAUAUAAUACAGUAAGAAGAAAAAUGGAAGCAUUAUAUCAUAGUAAAUCUGAUAUUCCUGCAGAAAACUCCGGUCCAGACCCGAAAGUCUAUUUAUCCUUCAAUCUGGAAGACGAAUUGACCACAGAAGACGAAGAAUCGGACUGCAAAUGCGAGGAAUCUGGUCUGGAAGAGCUCAAUUGGGAUCAAACUGAAGGCUAUGCAUGUCCUGUGAAAAAUCCGCUUAGUAUAGACGUCAGUUCAGUCAAUAAUCUCAAUUCCAAUGAAGGAAACUCAAACGGCAUAAUAAACGAUAAGAACCAAUCAUACGACCACUGGUGCUCCGAGUAUAUGAAGUUCACAGAUACAAAUCCCACCACGUAUCAUGCAAUUGCAACACUUGGUGAGAAACUCAAGAAAGCAGGCUUUGUGCCGAAACUGGAAAGGGAAGCUCUAGCUAUCGACAAGCUGGGCGGCAAGUAUUAUGUCACAAGAGCUGGAAAGGCUCUUUGUGCAUUUAUUGUAGGCCGGGAUUGGACCCCGGAAGAUGGUAUAGCCGUUGUUGGCGCCCAUGUAGAUGCACUCACAGCUAAACUCAAGCCAAACUCCACGAAGAAGGACGUAAAGGGAUAUUCGCUUUUGGGCGUCGCUCCAUACUCGGGAGCCCUCAAUCUGUUGUGGUUGGACCGUGAUUUGGGCAUAGCUGGCUCGGUUCUCAUACGGUCAGAGGACGGGCUGAUUAGAUCCGUUUUGGUUUCCUCCGGGCGACACGCUGUGUGUAGAAUUCCAUCUCUCGCACCACAUUUCGGUGCAAAUUCGGUUCCUCCUUAUAACAAGGAGACUCAGAUGGUGCCUGUGUUGGGCUAUGGUGAGACUGAGCCUGCUACUCCAGACGAAUGCAAGGCUCCACUCUACGGUAAGCAUUCAAUUGCGUUAUUGAGAUACGUAUCGGAACUCGCCAAAUGUCAGAUAAAUGAUUUGAUCCUGGUUGACCUAGAGCUUUUUGAUGUGCAGCCAGCGUGCCGCGGCGGCCUCACCAACGAUUUCAUGUACGCUCCACGAAUUGACGACCGGCUCUGCUCAUUUAGUGCAGUCGAGGCUCUCAUCGAGACACUGGCUUCCUUUCCAUCCAAGCUUUCCAAGAGUUUCAGUGUGGUUCUUCUCGCAGACAACGAGGAAAUUGGAAGCGCCAGCAGAACAGGUGCCAAAGGCAAGCUUUUGAAUAGUAUUGUCGAGCGCGUCAUAUGCGAGAGGGGUCUUGGUCGUGAAAAUGUGCCGCUAGCCUUCGCAAACUCGCUCAUUCUCUCGGCUGAUGUGACCCAUGCAUUGAACCCAAACUUUUUGGGCGAUUACCUCGAAAAUCACGCUCCCCUCCCAAACACAGGUCUUACUCUUAAAAUCGACGCCAACGGACAUGUUAUGACGGAUCUGACCGGACUUGUUGUAAUGGAGAAAAUCGCCGGGAUGCAUGGGCUCUCUUUGCAAAAAUUCCACAUCCGCAAUGACCAUCCCUCCGGUGGCACCAUUGGCCCAAUGUUGGCCGUCGACACCGGCAGCAGAGUAGUAGAUGUUGGUUUGGCACAAUUGAGUAUGCAUAGUAUCAGAGCCUCCUGUGGCUACAAAGAGGCUGGAAUUGGAGUAGAAACAUUUGCUGCAUUUUUCGCGAGCUGGCGACAGGCCAUGGAUCUGGUUGGCUACUAG